UUCAGAGUAGAACUGCAGAAAUGAACUCUGUUGAGAUAAAUGGUCAUGGGAUGUCACUUAGCCAUACUCUGCAUGAAUCCUGCCUCACUCUAGCGAAGUACUAUGAACAUAAUUUAAGUGUGAGGUCUUUCAGCACGGUAACAAAUCUUAAAAGCUAUCAUAGAAUUCACACAGUAGGGAAACCUUAUGAAUGCAGUGAAUGUCCCAGAUCCUUCAGGUAUAAGUCCAAGCUCAUAAUACACCAGAGGACUCAUACAGGAGAGAAGCCAUACAGAUGCAAUGAAUGUCAGAAAGGUUUCAGUACAAAAUGUCACCUGACUCUGCACCAGCAAACUCAUACAGGAGAGAAACCGUAUGAAUGCACUGAGUGUCAGAAAUCCUUUAGAACAAAAUAUCAUCUCAUUCUACACCAUAGGACUCAUACAGGAGAGAAACCCUAUGAAUGUAAAGAAUGUGGAAAAGCCCUCAGGGAAAAGACAAAGCUCAGAUUACAUUACAGAACACAUACAGGAGAGAGACCUUUCAAGUGUAGUGAUUGUGGGAAGGGUUUUAUGCAGAAGUCAAACCUGAUUAUCCAUCAAAGAAUCCAUACAGGAGAGAAACCCUUUGAAUGUAAAGAAUGUGGGAAGGCCUUCUAUAGUAAGUCUCAACUUGUUGUUCACCAGCGAAUCCAUACAGGAGAAAAAUCCUACGAGUACGGGCAAUGUGGGAAAGCCUUCAAAAAAAACCCGCACCUCCUAACACAUGAGAAAAUUCAUAUAACAGAGAAACCUUAUGAGUGCAGUGAAUGUGAAAAAGCUUUUGUACACACAUCACAGCUCAUUCUACAUCAGGGAAAUCAUACAGAAAGAAAACCUCAUGAAUGCAAAGGAUGUGGGAAAGCCUUUAAUAAAAAGUCACACUUCAUUACCCAUCAGAGGAUUCAUAUGGGAGAGAAGCCUUAUGAAUGCAGUGAAUGUGGGAAAGCUUUCAUAGACAAGUCACAGCUUAGUGUUCAUGGAAGAACUCAUACAGGAGAGAAACCUUAUGAAUGCAAGGAAUGUGGGAAAGCCUUUAAUAAAAAGUCACAUUUCAUAACCCAUCAGAGGAUUCAUACAGGAGAGAAGCCUUACAAAUGCAGUGAAUGUGGGAAAGCUUUUAUAGAUAAGUCACAGCUAAUUGUUCACAGAAGAACUCAUACAGGAGAGAAACCUUAUGAAUGCAAGGAAUGUGGAAAAGCCUUUAAUAAAAAGUCAUCCCUCAUAACACAUCAGAGGAUCCAUACAGGAGAAAAACCUUAUGCAUGCAGUGAAUGUGGAAAAGCUUUUAUAGACAAGUCACAUCUCCUUGUCCAUCAGAGAACUCAUACAGGAGAGAGACCCUAUGAAUGCAGUGAGUGUGGAAAAGCUUUCAUACGAAAGGCAAUGCUCAUUGUCCAUCAGAGGACACAUACAGGAGAGAAACCCUUUGCAUGUCUUGAAUGCCAAAAAGCCUUUAGCAGUAUGGCAAUGCUCAGCAGACAUCAGUUGAUUCAUACAGGAGAGAAAUCCCAUGGAUGCAAUGAAUGUGGGAAAGCUUUCCGCCAAAAAAGUCAUCUUAUUAUCCAUCAACGAUGCCAUACUGGAGAGAAACCAUAUGGGUGUAUUCCAUGUGGACAGAUCUUCAACCAGAAAUCAGAGCUCAUUAGACAUCAAAGACGUCACAUGGGAGAGAAACCAUAUCAGUGCACUCAAUGUGAGAAAGCUUUUGAGAAAUCAUACCUCAGUGUCCAUCAGAGAAGUCAUGCAGGCCAGAAAUCUUAUCCAUGUAAUGCAUGUGGGAAAAUGUUCUCUGUCAAAUUCUCGCUCACUUCUCAUGAGGAAAUUCAUGCUUGAAAGAAAUCUCCAGAACACAGUGAGAGCUG